UCAUUGUCGUAAUCGAAGACCUAUCCACGACAAGCAAGAUGGCGACUCGCAUGGCAAGUCAUGCUAUCAACCGCACGUGCUGUAAAUAUGCAAGAAGACGCUUAGCAAGGGCAUUUAGCAGCGAUGGUGGUAAAUCAAUAGAAAAAAUUACAGAUAUUCCUCUAUCGAAACCAUUACCUAAUUUGAAAUUGCCCCAGUAUUCAGUUUCUGGAAAUACAACGCAUGACACACAUGUCACUGUGUUAGAUAAUGGACUUACUGUGACAUCAGAAAAUGUAUUUGGUGAAUUCUGUACUGUUGGAGUUGCUAUUGAUUCUGGAUCACGGUAUGAAGUAGCUUAUCCUAGUGGAAUUUCUCACUUUUUGGAAAAGUUAGCAUUUGGGGAAACAAGUCAGUUUGAAAGCCGAGAUCAGAUUUUUCAAAAUUUGGAGAAGCAUGGUGGAAUAUGUGAUUGUCAGUCAUCAAGAGAUACGUUAAUUUAUGCUGUAUCAGCUGAAAGAUCUGGUCUACCAGCCGUCAUAAAUAUAUUGGGAGAGGCAAUUUUACGUCCUAAAAUUACUGACCAAGAGCUUGAAGAUACAAGGACAGCUAUAGCAUUUGAACUGGAAUCUUUACAGAUGAGACCUGAUCCAGAACCUAUACUUAUGGAAAUGAUUCAUGCUGCUGCAUUUCGGAACAAUACUCUAGGAUUACCCAAGUUCUGUGCACAUGACAAUAUAGAAAAAAUAGACCGUAAUAUUUUAUAUACUUAUCUUAAAAACGUUCAUAUACCCAGUCGUACGGUGAUAGCGGGUGUAGGUGUUGAUCAUGCACAUCUUGUUGAUUUAGCUCAAUUAUACAUGGUGAAAGAAAAACAACCAAUCUGGUUGGAGAAUGAUGAUUUGAUUGACAAGAAGAAACGAAUGGAUGAAUCUAUGUCACAAUACACUGGAGGUGUUGUUAAAGUUGAGAAAGAUUUAUCUAAUGUAAGUUUAGGACCAACACCGAUGCCAGAAUUAGGACAUGUGGUAAUUGGGUUAGAAGGCUGUUCACAUAAAGAUCCUGAUUUUAUAGCCUUCUGUGUGUUAAAUAUGUUGAUGGGAGGAGGGGGUUCAUUCUCUGCUGGUGGACCAGGUAAAGGGAUGUACACACGAUUAUAUCUCAAUGUCUUAAACAGAUAUCAUUGGAUUUAUAAUGCUACAGCAUUUAAUCAUGCCUAUAAUGAUAGUGGUUUAUUCUGUAUAUACGCUAGUGCUCAUCCUUCUCAGCUAAGGGAGCUAGUAGAAGUUGUUAUAAAAGAAUUAGUGAACACAUCUGGUAAUAUCUAUGAGAAAGAAUUAAAACGAGCUAAAAGACAACUUCAGUCUAUGCUGAUGAUGAAUCUAGAAGCCCGACCUGUUGUGUUUGAAGACUUGGCUCGACAGGUAUUGGCAGCUGGAGUGCGUAAACCUCCAAUGUAUUAUUAUGAACAGAUCGGCAAGAUUACAGCAGAUGAUAUCAAAAGAGUGGCAAAUCGAAUGUUACGAACAAAACCAGCUGUUGCUGCUUAUGGAACAUUAGACAAGUUACCUCAAUAUGAUGAUAUUGAAGGUGCCUUAGCUAGUAAAGAAGGAACUCUACAAAAACGAUUCUCGUUAUUUCGAUAAUGAUAACUAUAACUCGUAAAACAUUUAUAAACAUUCAAAUUUGUGUGUUGAUUGAAUCCAGAAUCCAGAGAUAUGCCAAAUGUGUGACUGUAGUUUUAAUGGGAUUUCUUAUAAUAUGAGGAUUAUAUGGUCCGAAAUUUUGGGUUAUUUCUUUUGGCAUCUGGUACAAUGGUACGUGUAUAUAUUGACUACACCAGAUCAUUGAGUAAAAUUGAUAUUUUUAAUAUUGAGUUUUGUAACUCAUUUUUGAAACCACCCCAAAACCAAUGUUACUUGACUGCCUCAAAGCCCUUCUGAGUUGCAGUAUACAUCCUUUAAUAGUUUAGGGGUUUGGGUUGCUGAAUGGUUAACACUGCAUGUUGUAUCAUUGAGUCAAGUGGCAUACAAAGAGUAGGGUCACCUGUCCAACCUUGUGGGUUUUCCCUGGAACCUCCAGGUUUCCUCCCACUGCUAAAGACCCCUAUGCACAAGUGAAUUAUUGAAAUAAAAUUGAAACAGUAGUCCCGAAAUGACCUAGUUUGUGUCGAGUGGAUGUUAAACCCCAUUUCUCUCUCUCUCUCUCUCCCUUAAAUAGUUCACAGCUAUUCACUGGCAGUUUGAGGGGCUAGAGGAAGCGAUAGUUCUGGAUGGUCCAUUAGCUAAAUGCUUAACACUUCUCCUUCCAUGAUGUUCAAGUAUAAAUUAAAAAGCAUUAGAAAUUAACAGAAUUUAUCACAGAUUGCUGAUUGGAUAUUUUAUUCAUGGAAUUAAUAGAUAAUCACUGCAGCAACUUUUGUUGAUGAUCAUUGUGUGUUGUUUUGAUGGAUGUACAUGACAUAGCUACAUGAUUCUAUUAUAAAAUGGCUAUAUUCUAAGAGUAGUAUAUACUCUAUUUACUAUUAAGUUAAUUAAUGUCUUGUAUUACAAUAUUAAUGAAUAGAUAUCAAAAUUUUAAUUUGGAAACAUGAUAUUUAGGUGUCAGACAAAGCCACAGGAUCCCCUUUCCUAUCUUUGGUUGUUGAGUAGAUAAACUGAAUAUCAUAAGAUUUAUUUACUAUAAUUACUUUAAUCAAAUGGUAUCACGCACAGGUCAGUACUGCACCCCUCUGACAUAUGCACCUUAUGUGGAAGCCUAGUUGGAUUAAAGGCACCUUGGUAGACAUCUUUUGUGGCCGCUGAAUGGUCAUCCUCUGAGAUAGGCACCUUGCGUGGCAGCCUAAUGGUCUCCCUCUGAUGUUAUCACCGUGCGUGACAGCCUAAUGGUCUUCCUCUGAGGUAGGCACCCUACCUGGCAGCCUAAUGGCCUCCCUCUGAGAUACACACUUUGCAUGGCGGCCUAAUGGUUACCCUCUGAGGUAGGCACCUUGCGUGGCAGCCUAAUGGUCUCCCUCUGAUGUAGGUACCUUGCUUGACCACCUUAUGGUCACCCUCUGAGGUAGGCAGCCUAAUGGCCUCCCUCUGAGAUACACACUUUGCAUGGCGGCCUAAUGGUUACCCUCGAGGUAGGCAUCUUGCGUGGCAGCCUAAUGGUCUCCCUCUAAGAUAUACACCUUGCAUGGCAGCGUAACAGAAGCACAGACACUGACGAUAUUUUAACCAAUAAUCAAUCAUGUGUAAAAAUGGAGAAAUAUUUAAUCACCAUGUGUAAUAAUUUGUUGUUAGAGAAUAAAUAGGAAAAAACAAAGGUUCAACUAUGUAAGUGACAAUGUAUAUAAACAACAUCUAAACAAUG